AUGCGAAAAGCCUCGCCGCCCACGCCGCCGCUCCAGCAGCCAGCUCUGGGCCCUUCGCCGACCGACGUCUCCGAGCCCCAGCCGCCCCCAUCCACCUCCGCCCCCACCAAAUCUACGUCCAAGCCUCGACAUCCACAACCAGCCCGCACCAAGAAGCCGACUACACCCGCGUCUUUGCCUUCUCCGACCCUCACUUCGUCGUCCUUGUCGUCGGUCCAGCCAGAUCUGUCGCUGUCGGUCCAGCCAGAUCUGUCGCUGUCGGUCCAGCGCACCGCCGUCAAGCAGGCCAGGAGACGGCCGCUCAACAAGUUCGCCUGCUUCGCCUACCAGAAGAAGAAAACAAGGGUUGCUAUAUCAUAUCAGUCCCUCACCCGACGCAGCACACGCCUGACAAGCCCGUUUUACGAGUAUGCCGUGAGGGAGGGCGCCGUUUCGCGCUACGCCGACCUCAAGGUCACCUUCGAGCAGCUGGAGCGCGAAAACAGCGACUUCAAGGACCUACUCGCCUACCUCCGCUUCAGGCCCGAGAAGGAGGCUUUCGAGAUCUACCGCCGCCUUCGCGCAUCCGACAAUCCGCUGGCGGUCCUGCAGUACUUCCGAGAGGCCGAGACCCUACUCAUUGCGCCCUCGACUGCCGGCUCGGGCAUGGCCGACCGCCAUGCCGCCGACAUAGAUGCCGAAGCCCUGGCCCAGAGCGACCUCAAAGUCCCGGCACGCCCCUGGACCCCGGUUGCCGGCGAUGGUCUCGUCUCGAGCCUCAUUACGGCCUUCUUCAACAAUAUGCGCCGCGGGGUUUUGGGCGCCCACUACUACACCCCGCUUCUGGUCAACGCCAUUUGCGUACUUCGAUCGUUACUCUCAGACAGGGCGAAGAACCUUAGUCGCGUGACGAAUAUAGACCUCGGGGCCCUCUUCUUUGCCGAGGCCAAAAAGCAAAUGGGGUGUCUAGACGCCCGAAAGCCCGAAAACUCGGAGCAACGCGUUACACUGUCAAAGACAUGCUGGGGCCUGUUCUUCAUUAAGAGGCGAGUCCCUGAGCCUGAGUGUAGUCUUAUGUCUGGCGCGUAUUUCAAGCCGCUGGCGCCUCCGCCCAACAUACGGCAUUAUAAAGUCAAAACAUACUACUGGGGACGACGAAGAUAUGAAGACGCUCUGUCUCAAGGCUUCGCGGAGUACUCGCCUAUGUUCUUCAUCUGCAUCUGGAACGUGGCGCCGACGCUGGUUCCCCUGCUGGGCGAGGCGUACGCGCAGAAUCUGUUUACGCGCGGCUGUGCGCUGAUGCACGUCGUCGAGCGCGACCUGCCCCUCGUCCGGCUGGCUAUGCCCAUCCCCCGCGACGCCCGGCCCUACCUCGAGGGGCUUACGCAGCACAAGCGCGACCCCAAGGACCUAUCCGUCUCGUUCAUCGUACCCACGCAGGACGAGCUGCUGGAGUCGUAG